AUGCUCACCAACUGGAUCUACGUUUUUCUGCCAAGAAUCUCAUGUGCUUUGGCGUGGGUCGUGAACCCUAUUUUCAUUUAUUUGAUUUUUACAGAAAGUUCAAAUAAAUUCGGAAACUAUCGGUUUCUCCUUUUGUAUUUUGCACUUUUCAAUCUAACGUAUUCAGUUGUGAACAUAGUCGUUCCAAUUGACAUCAUAACAUACCGUUACUGCUUCAUAGUGAUUCUGAGAGAUGGCUGGUUUGUGGAACUCUCCGACUUCAACUUCAGUUUGUUGUCUGCACGUUGCUCGUUGGUGGGCACCACAUUUGCCCUGAUCCUGGUUCAUUUCAUAUACCGAUACUUGGCCAUCCAGAAUUCUUCUCUAACACGAAACAACUUCCAUUGGUACAUGACCGGAUCGAUCUUUGCAUCGGUCUUUCAUUUUUCUGUGUGGCACCUGACUUGCUUGUACUUCACGCGUGCCGAGUUUGAAAUGAGACAGUAUGUGACUCCUGGUAUAAGAAGAACUUUUGGGAACGAAACAAUUGAUUUCAAUAUUCUUGGAGGCGUUUUUCAUGAAGUGCCGAACAGUGUCGUAAAACGAACAUGGAUUGCCAUACUAACAUGCACUUCUAUCUCUGUCCUGACAAUCAUCAAAUUCAUAGUUUUGAGUAGAAUGAUUAUCAACAAGCUCAACAACAUGUCUAUCACGGCUAGCAAGAAAACUGCACGUUUCCAAUUUGAACUUUUUCGAGCCCUAAUCGUUCAAACAACUAUACCCAUUGUGAUCAGCUUUGCACCGUGUCUCUUCUGUUGGUACAUUCCAAUGUUUGGAAUUGAAUUGCCAAGAGCCUUCAAUUAUUAUGAAGUCAGUGCCUUUGGAAUUUUUCCAUUCGUCGAUCCAAUUGCUAUCAUCUUAUGCCUCCCCAUCUUCCGAACCCGAAUUUUCCGUUUUUUGAGUUCAAUUUCUUCUGGUUUCUUUGAAAAACCUAGUAAUGCUUCCCGAACCAAGUGA